AUGGUCGAGAUAAAGUCGUUUGUGUUCUUCGACCUGGAGACAACGGGCAUACCUCAGUUGGAACAUUUCCGCACCAAAAUAACCGAAUUGUCGAUGGUGGCCUGCACUCGGGGACAUCUACUGGAAUCAAGCACCGAGAUACCGCGCGUAACGCACAAACUAUCGCUCUGUUUUAACCCUUUACGUAUGAUAACACUCGGUUCUUCCCAGGCUACCGGACUGUACAAUGACUUGCUGGAAAAGGAAUCACAAUUCGAUGGGAACGCGGGUGAGAUGAUAAGACUAUACCUUGAGCGACUUCAAAAACCGGCCUGUCUAGUUGCGCACAAUGGAAACCGGUUCGAUUUUAUUUUACUUAAACAACAUCUGCUCCGGAUCGGUGUCUCACUGCCUGUCGAUUUGUAUUGUGUCGAUUCGCUUCCCGCGUUUCGGGAGAUAGAGGCCGACGUGGAAAGGUCGUACUUCGAAAACAACGAAGGUUUAGACAGUGAAAUUCCCGAUCUGGAGUAUCAAACGUUGCGCGUAAUGGAGGAACUCGAGCAAGCUAACGAUUGGUUGCUGGAACGGAAAAAGAUCAACGAAACCACACCGCAAAGCGGACGUAUGGAGCAAAAGUAUAAGCAAGCACUGCGUGAUUAUCUGGCGGUUGCACCGUGUAGAACACUUCCGUUAGCAGAGAUCCUGACCGAUGAUGAUGAUGAUGACAAUGGUGAUUCUGACGCUGAUUAUUCUCCUUCUUGCUGCUCAAGAGGUUCUGUAACUUCUCGGAAAAGGUUGUUCAGUGCAACGGUUUCCGACGAAACAGAGGAUGUGAAGCCAUUGGAAACCUCACCGGUUUCGAAUGCCAAGAAACGAUUCAACCUUUCUGAUCUAUACAAACGAACCGUAGGAAAGGAUCUGGUUAAUGCGCACCGUGCAGAAGAUGACACGCUGGCACUGAUGAACUGUGCCAUCGUGCAUGGCGUACGGUUUGUUCGAUACGCAGAAGCCAAUUGUAUAGCGUACGAAGAGAUUAAAAGCAAAUUUUAA